CUGCUAUCAGUUUGCCAAUCUCGUGAUUUUCUUAAUAAGCGCAAUAUUUUAUCGCAUCCAAUGACCGUUCAGAACCAGUGCUCCUCUUUGUUUUGGUUGCAGCAUCAGAAAGUCGAUUCAUAUGCCCGUUGUUUAUCACUGUUGCAGAGAGAGUUACCCUCCCCCCGUCAGAUAUCGUAUAUGUCUAAGAGCUUCGGCAACUUCGUUGAUCCUAUGCUUGAGGCAAAGUCAUUAACCGUGGAUGGUGUGCGAUACUUUCUUUUGCGUCAGGGCGUUCCUCAGUCAGACAACAAUUAUGCAUCGUCGUUGGUUCGCCAAGUAUUGAACGAUGAGUUGGCAAACUGUAUCGGAAAUCUCUUAAGCCGUUCAACUGCCGCUGAUAUCAAUCCUUCUCAGCGUUAUCCAGCUUUCGACAAGGCCUUAUUCGAUGAUCAGUUUCUUGCUAGGGUAGUUAGGUGGAAUGUAGUCUCCUUAGUGGAUGUAGUGACCUAUAGUUCUUCUCUUGAAGCCAUAAUGACAGUUAUGCGAGGAGCAAACUCCUUUUUCCAGAAGCAUGAACCUUGGAAAAACACGCGUGAUGAAAAAACCACGCUUCACGUGACGUACCAGGCGCUUCGGCUAUGCGGUAUUCUUUUGCAGCCAAUUAUUCCUGAUCAUGCUGAACGACUGUUGGACCGACUGGGAAUUCCUCUCGAAGACCGAUGUUUUAACAAAUGCCCUCGUAUUCUAGGACAUUUUUUUGAAAGGUUGCAGAUGUGA